AUGCAACCGAAACUGCUAUCCUUCGAUGCAUUUAAUAAGACUGACGAGGAAGUCCGUAUUCGUACCCGUACCGGUGGUAUUAUAACAUUAUUUUGCAUAUUGACGACUUUAUAUUUAUUACAAAAAGAAUGGAUAGAGUAUUAUAAAAUCACAAAUAAACCACAAGUAGUUGUUGAUAGGGAUAGACAUCUGAAGUUAGAGUUAAAUUUAGAUAUCACCUUCCCAUCAUUAUCAUGCGAUCUAAUUGGUUUGGAUAUAGUUGAUGAUUCGGGGGAAACAAGUUUAGAUGUACUUGAAUCAGGGUUUACUAAAAUCAGAGUUGACACAAAUGGUAAUGAAUUAGAUGAUGGUUCUCAAUUAGAUGUCGGUACUGAUAGGGAGUCUUUAUCAUCUUUGGAUAUGGAUAAAGCUAAAUAUUGUGGGCCAUGUUACGGUGCCUUGGAUCAAUCAGGUAACGAUAAUAUUGAUGUUGCAAGUGAAAAAGUAUGUUGUCAAACAUGUUAUGAUGUACGUAAAGCUUACACAGACGUAGGCUGGGCAUUUUUUGAUGGUAAGGACAUAGAGCAAUGUGAAAGAGAAGGAUAUGUUGAUAGAAUUAAUGAUCAUCUUCAUGAAGGUUGCAGAAUUGUUGGCAGUGCUUUAUUAAAUAGAAUUCAAGGGAAUGUUCACUUCGCCCCUGGUGCUGCAUUUGAAACAGCAAAAGGCCAUUUCCAUGAUACCUCUUUGUAUGAUAAAACUGAACAAUUAAAUUUCAACCAUAUUAUUAACCAUUUAAGUUUUGGUAAGACGGGACAUGAAUUGCUAACUCCAAAAUCUUCAAAAUCAUUUUCUGUUAGUAGAAGACAACCAUUAGAUGGACGUGUUAUGAUACCAGAAUCUAGGAAUACACACUUCUUUCAAUUUUCAUAUUUUGCUAAGAUUGUUCCAACACGGUUUGAAAGUCUAAGCGGAAAAGUUGAAGAAGCAGCUCAAUACUCUGUUACUUUCCAUUCAAGACCUUUACAAGGUGGUAGAGAUGAAGAUCAUCCAAACACUUUCCAUGGUAGAAGUGGUAUUCCUGGUUUAUUUAUCUACUUUCAAAUGGCACCAUUAAAGGUAAUUGAUAUAGAAGCUCAUUCCCAAACGUUUUCUGGUCUUCUACUAAAUUGUAUCACUACAAUUGGUGGUGUUCUAGCUGUCGGUACCAUGAUGGAUAAAGUCUUUUAUAAAGCACAACGCUCUAUCUGGGGGAAAAAAAACCAAUAG